AGGGAAAUACCGCGUGGCUUUCUCCGGAGCCAUUUCCUCUCCCUCCUCCCUUUCCCCCCCUCUGUCUUGUUAUUAUUAUGGGUAUGGUUUGUGGCUAUCAUUGCUUUUGCUGUCAAAAACGACCGGAACGGGGUCCCCCUCCUGCAUCCUCGCCAUCGGUGGCACCAGCACUUUGCACAUGCUCAGGGGGCGCUGCCUUCAGCUCCAGAAGUUGCGGUUGGUAGGAAGUGGUCAGAAGGGAGGCGGGUAGGGGGGGGGUGUGCGUAUGCGUGUUUGGCUCUACACACAACACACUGACACGCAACGCCCCUUGUUCUUCGCUUUGGAGCGUGUGAUGAGGACGAAGGAGACGCGAGAGCCCCGAAACCCAGCAAGCAGGGGAGGCGGUAAGUUUCUUGCUAUGUUGUUGUCGUCGUUUAGUCGUGUCCGACUCUUCGUGACCCCCUGGACCAGAGCACGCCAGGCACUCCUGUCUUCCACUGCCUCCCGCAGUUUGGUCAAACUCAUGCUGGUAGCUUUGAGAACACUGUCCAACCAUCUCGUCCUCUGUCGUCCCCUUCUCCUUGUGCCCUCCAUCUUUCCCAACAUCAGGGUCUUUUCCAGGGAGUCUUCUCUUCUCAUGAGGUGGAGCCUCAGCUUCUGGAUCUGUCCUUCCAGUGAGCACUCAGGGCUGAUUUCCUUGAGAAAGGAUAGGUUUGAUCUUUUUGCAGUCCAUGGGACUCUCAAGAGUCUCCUCCAGGACCAUAAUUCAAAAGCAUCAAUUCUUCGGCGAUCAGCCUUCUUUAUGGUCCGGCUCUCGCUUCCAUACAUCACUACUGGGAGAACCAUAGCUUUAACCAUACAGACCUUUGUUGGCAAGGUGAUGUCUCUGCUUUUUAAGAUGCUGUCUAGGUUUGUCAUCACUUUUCUCCCAAGAAGCAGGCGUCUUUUAAUUUCGUGGCUGCUGUCACCAUCUGCACCAUCUACAAAAAAGUAAAGUCUCUCACUGCCUCCAUUUCUUCCCCUUCUAUUUGCCAGGAGGUGAUGGGCCCAGUUGCCAUGAUCUUCGUUUUUUUGAUGUUGAGCUUCAGACAAUAUUUUGCGCUCUCCUCUUUCACCCUCAUUAAAAGGUUCUUUAAUUCCUCCUCACUUUCUGCCAUCAAGGUUGUGUCAUCUGCAUAUCUGAGGUUGUUGAUAUUUCUUCCGGCAAUCUUAAUUCCAGCUAGGGAUUCAUCCAGCCCAGCCUUUCACAUGAUGAAUACUGCAUAUAAGUUAAAUAAGCAGGGAGACAAUAUACAGCCUUGUCGUACUCCUUUCCCAAUUUUGAACCAAUCAGUUGUUCCAUAUCCAGUUCUAACUGUAGCUUCUUGUCCCAUAUAGAGAUUUCUCAGGAGACAGAUGAAGUGAUCAGGCACUCCCAUUGCUUUAAGAACUUGCCAUAGUUUGCUGUGGUCGACACAGUCAAAGGUUUUUGCAUAGUCAAUGAAGCAGAAGUAGAUGUCUUUCUGGAACUCUCUAGCUUUCUCCAUAAUCCAGCGCAUGUUUGCAAUUUGGUCUCUGGUUCCUCUGCCUCUUCGAAAUCCAGCUUGCACUUCUGGGAGUUCUCGGUCCACAUACUGCUUAAGCCUGCCUUGUAGAAUUUUAAGCAUAACCUUGCUAGCGUGUGAAAUGAGUGCAAUUAUGCGGUAGUUGGAGUAUUCUUUGGCACUGCCCUUCUUUGGGAUUGGGAUGUAGACUGAUCUUCUCCAAUCCUCUGGCCACUGCUGAGUUUUCCAAACUUGCUGGCAUGUUGAGUGUAGCACCUUAACAGCAUCAUGUUUUAAAAUUUUAAAUAGUCUGGAGCUCUCUAGCUUUCUCCAUGAUCCAGCGCAUCCUUGCUAUGUAAUUCGGUAAAAUUUCUUUUUUAAAGCUAUCAGGGCGCUCUCGAGACAUCAGUGUAACAAAAUCACAGUUAGGCAAACUGCGGUGCUGGGAAGUGAGCUGAAAACACCAGCAAAACGGCCAGCGGGAAGACCCACGCAACUGAUCGUACGUGUGAAACAGCUUGUGAAAAGUUACAGGUCCCAGAAAAGAAGGAAUUGCUCAGAGGCAGAGCAUCUGAUUUGCACGCAGAAGGUCCCAGGUGGCACCAGCACUUUGCACAUGCUCAGGGGGCGCUUCCCUUUAGCUCCAGAAGUUGCGGUUGGUGGGUUCAAUCCAGGAGAUGCUGAGUCCCUGGAGAGCUGCUGUCGGUCAUUGUAGGCAAUAACUGAGCUAGAUGGGCCAAUGGUCUGGCUUCAGUAGAAGGCAGCUUUCUAUAUUCAUAAAGGAGAGGCAGUGUGGUGCAGUGGUUAGUGCGUUGGACCAGGACCUGGGAGAUCAGGGUUCAGAUCCUCCACUUGGGUGAUCUUGGGGUACUUGCUAUCCUGAUGUAUCUCACAGGGUGUUGUGGGGGGGGGCUAAAUAAGGGGGAGAGCCAUGUGCUCCAGUUCCCCCCGUUUUGCUUUUCGGAGGGUAGUUAAGUUCAUUGGGACGCCGGACAGAGUGAGGGCAAGAUUGGAACAGUGAUUGUGUAUAUUGUGAAGUGAAAGAGGCAUUCGAUGAUAACACUUCCUGUUUUGUCAGUUACUUACUAAUUAAAGCAUCGAAAGCAUGUGACCCCCCCCCAAAAAAAAAAAAUUAGGGGAACUAUAGUUUAAGGGGAAAUUUUUAAGAAAGCAGGGAUAUUUUUAAAAAUCAUUAUUGAAUGAUAAAAAGGUAAAGGGACCCCUGACCAUUAGGUCCAGUCGCGGACGACUCUGGGGUUGCGGCGCUCAUCUCACUUUAUUGGCCGAGGGAGCCGGUGUACAGCUUCCGGGUCAUGUGGCCAGCAUGACUAAGCCGCUUCUGGAGAACCAGAGCAGCGCACGGAAACGCCAUUUACCUUCCCGCCAGAGCGGUACCUAUUUAUCUAUUUGCGCUUUGACGUGCUUUCGAACUGCUAGGUUGGCAGGAGCUGGGAUAGAGCAACGGGAGCUCACCCCGUCGCGGGGAUUCGAACCGCCAACCUUCUGAUCGGCAAGUCCUAGGCUCUGUGGUUUAACCCACAGCGCCACCCACGUCCCUUAUUGAAUGAUAUUCCCUCCCAAAAAAAUUCACACCAUAAAAUAACAGUAAAGAAAAGAACAACUUAAAACAAGUGAAGCCGCAAGUAUCGUAAAAUCAUACCAAAUAAAGUGGGGCAAAGAAUGGAGAAUCAAGCAAUAUUGAGCAUUACACUGAACUUAAACUAAAGACUGAUAUAAGAAUUAGAGACCCCGGGUGCAUAUUGCGAUUUGAAUGUUUUAAUGUGUUGUUUUAAUUGCAUUUAACCUUUUAGGUGGAAUGAUCUGAGAAAAGGUUUUCUUUCUGUGCAAGAAUCUUGUGGGACUGCAAUUUACAACUCUUUGCUCUCUAGCCCAUAAACAAGAGAUUUUAUCUAUGCCUGGGAAUGCAUAAACCCAAAGAGCCUCAAAGAGGUUGUUCUUAAGAGAGACUUAGCAACUAGGGUGUUAAUCAGAAAUCCCUGAAGCUUCCUGAAAGGUAGAUGGAAGAAAUGUCAGUAAAGACUGAUCAUGGGCUAAGUUGCCAUGGUAACGUGGGACAUCCAAUACCUAAAUUGGGCAAAUGGCCUGAGCAUUUCUGGUCACUUCAAGAUGGGGAAGCUGAAAGCAGAAAGAUGCCAUACAUGUUUUUAAUCCCAUGACCUGUAACCAUUUUUUGUUUUUAUGCUUGUAAGAUGGAUGCUUUAUGUUGUGAGACUGUUUUGAUGUUUUAUGGCUCUUUGUGUGCUCUGCCUAUACUGUAUAAUCUGCCUUCGAAUUCUACUUGGGGAAGACACUUGGCUUGAGGUUCAGUUAAAACACCCAGGUUAAUUUGAGCUCUGCCCUGUUGGAAUAGGAUAAAGUACUGGGCCAUAAUAAUAAUAAUAAUAAUAAUAAUAAUAAUAAUAAUAAUAAUAAUUUAUUUAUACCCCGCCCAUCUGGCUGGGCUUCCCCAGCCACUCUGGACGGCUUCCAACAAAAUAUUAAAAUACAGUAAUGCAUCAAACAUUAAAAGCUUCCCUAAACAGGGCUGCCUUCAAAUGUCUUCUAAAAGUCUGGUAGUUGUUUUUCUCUUUGACAUCUGGUGGGAGGGCGUUCCACAGGGCGGGUGCCACUACCGAGAAGGCCCUCUGCCUGGUUCCCUGUAACUUGGCUUCUGGCAGUGAGGGAACCACCAGAAGGCCCUCGGCGCUGGACCUCAGUGUCCGGGCAGAACAAUAGGGGUGGAGACACUCCUUCAGAUAUACUGGACCGAGGCUGUUUAGGGCUUUAAAAGUCAGCACCAACACUAUGAAUUGUUCUUGGAAACGUACUAUCUGGAUGCUGGGCCCACCUGUUUAUUCCUUGGUUCCUAGGGAUGCAGGUGGCGCUGUGGUCUAAACCACUGAGUCUCUUGGGUUUGCUGAUCGGAAGGUUGGUAGUUCAAAACCCCGCGACGGGGUGAGCUACCGUUUCUCUGUCCCAGCUCUUGCCAACCUAGCAGUUCAAAAGCAUGCCAGUGCAAGUAGAUAAAUAGGUACCGCUGUGGUGGGAAGGUAAACGGCAUUUCCAUGCGCUCUGGUUUCCAUCACUGUGUCCCUUUGCACCAGAAGCGGUUUAGUCCUGCUGGCCACAUGGCCCAGAAAGCUGUCUGUGGACAAACGCCGGCUCCCUUGGCCUGAAAGCAAGAUGAGCGCCGCAACCCCAUAGUCACCUUUGACUGGACUUAACCGUCCGGGGUCCUUCACCUUUUUACCUUUACCUCCUUGGCUCCUACCCACAAACACUCUGUGCAGGCUAUUUUCAAUAUACAGUCGUACCUCGGGUUACAGAAGCUUCAGGUUACAAACGCUUCAGGUUACAGACUCCGCUAACCCAGAAAUAGUACCUCGGGUUAAGAACUUUGCUUCAGGAUGAGAACAGAAAUUGCGUGGCAGUGGCAGCGGGAGGCCCCAUUAGCUAAAGUGGUGCUUCAGGUUAAGAACAGUUUCAGGUUAAGAACGAACCUCCAGAAUGAAUUAAGUUCUUAACCCAAGCGUCCACUGUACCAAGAUUCUGCUUGUCUUUUGAACUGCAGGAGCCAACAUGGCAACGGCCAAGGCAAAGAGGAUCAAGUUUUCUGAUGAGGAGAAGUUCCUGAUCCUGGAAGGAUUUGCUCUCCGCAAGGACAUCCUGAUCCCGAAGAGCGGCCGCUACAGCAACACUGCUGCCUGCCAACGGGCCUGGGAGGAGAUCGCCGCGGCCGUCAACUCUCUGAAUCCUCUCAUUCAGCGCACUCCGCAAGAGAUCCUCAAGAAGUGGAAAAACAUGGUGGUGGACGCCCGUAAAGGUCUAAGCGUGGAGAAGCACCCUCUGCUGCAGAGGCAGCCCCGGGAACGCCUCUUCCGCGAUAUCGUCGCUCUCCUCAAUAAAACGGACCCCACGCUCCCCAGACCGUUGCUUUACGGUCCUGACUUGAGAGCUGAGUCUCCGGGCAGCCCCAGAGGAGACGCGUCGCCAACAAUCCACGCCGAAGUGCUCUCAGGCUCGCCUUGCCUGUCGUAUCUCCGCAGCGACAGCUACUACCGGCAGCCUUGCCGGAUUGAGGCUCCCGGAAACCCCAAAGCCAACGGGGGAUCGCCGCAGGCAGAUUUAGCAAGGCAGAACUUUGCCAGCCUCUCGCAGUCCGGGGACGACAUCGAACGACGUGCAGAGGGCACUCGAGAGAGAGGGGGAAAGACGUCAGCGGAGCCCUGCAAGGGGGUCUCAUUGAGCUACGUUCAUCACUCGGACCAGCCGCACUGUGCACAAAUCCCCAGGAUGCUUUUGCCUCAAAGGGGGGAAUCCGGGCGGUCCAGCGUUUCUAGAAUGCCAGAACCUAGUACCUGCCCAUCAGAAUUCCCUUUGUCAUGUAAGCUUGAGUGCCCUCUCAGCCCUCAGCAGGAAUGUCCUUGUCUGGGAACUACCUGCAGCCCCUUGAUUCAAAGCAGUGGCAUUGCGAGUUUCGGUGCCAAAGGCACCCCCUCCGCCCUUGAUGAUCACGGUGAGGUUCUCUACCCAACUCAGGUUGAACUGCUUGUCUGUUUAGUCAUUUAGUCGUGUCCGACUCUUCGUGACCCCAUGGACGUCCCCUUCUCCUGUCGUCCCCUUCUCCUUGUGCCCUCCAUCUUUCCCAACAUCAGGGUCUUUCCCAGGGAGUCUUCUCUUCUCAUGAGGUGGCCAAAGUACUGGAGCCUCAGCUUCACGAUCUGUCCUUCCAGUGAGCACUCAGGGCUGAUUUCCUUCAGAAUGGAGAGGUUUGAUCUUCUUGCAGUCCAUGGGACUCUCAAGAGUCUCCUCCAGCACCAUAGGGAGGAGGCCAAGCCCACGGUGGGCCGCGCCAGGUGCAGAAGUGGGCAAAGGAAUGCAUGUAAAAUUGACCUCUAGUUUCUGCACACACUCGCAAACCCCUGUCAGUCCUCUGUUCAAGUGUAGAAUCCUAGAACUGCAGAGUGGAAAGGGACCCCCGCAGUCAUCUAGUCCAGCCCCCUGCAAUGCAGGAAAUAUGCAGGUGGCCUGUAUGGGGACGGUACCUGCAACCUCGACCUGAGAUGCGUGGAUAGCACAGUUGGUUGGAACGUGGUGCAGAUAACGCUAAGGUUGCAGGUUCGAUCCCCGUAUGGGACAGCUGCAUAAUUCCUGCAUUGCAGGGAGUUGGAUCAGAUGAUCAUUGCAUUGGGGGGGGGGAUCCAUGAUCUGUAAGUGAAGCAAGCAAUUAUAUAUAGUCAGUAUGGGAGUGGGGACACGGGUGGCGCUGUGGGUUAAACCACAGAGCCUAGGGCUUGCCGAUCAGAAGGUUGGCGGUUCGAAUCCCUGCGACGGGGUGAGCUCCCGUUGCUGGGUCCCUGCUCCUGCCAACCUAGCAGUUCAAAAGCACGUCAAAGUGCAAGUAGAUAAAUAGGUACUGCUCCAGCGGGAAGGUAAACGGCGUUUCCGUGCGCUGCUCUGGUUCGCCAGAAGCGGCUUGGUCAUGCUGGCCACAUGACCCAGAAGCUGUACGCCGACUCCCUCGGUCAAUAAAGCGAGAUGAGCAUCGCAACCCCAGAGUCGGCCACGACUGGACCUAAUGGUCAGGGGUCCCCUUACCUUUAAGUAUGGGAGUACAGAUGGGCUUAGUUGAAGUUUUGACUGUUUUGUCUAAGUUGCACCUUGCUGGUGUUUCAGACAGGUUGCCCUGGCUCUCUGCUUUAACCCUCUUUUUCUUGGGCUUCUGUUUGCUUGCAGCUGAAGCUUUGAACCCCAGCCAGAAGGGUUGCAGCACGUCAACCAGAGGCCCAUCCAGAGAGCUUUUGGAGAGGCAGAGCCAGCUGCAAACCGAGGUUCUAGAACUGCAGAAGGAGACCCUCCAGCUGCAGAAGGAAAAGAUCCUUCUGGAGAAAGAGAAACUGUUGCUGGAAAUCCUCAAGCUCCGCCGUGACCUGGGCACAUGAGAACAGUGUCUGAGAAGUUCUUCUCUUCUCUGAAUUUGAGCUUUCCACCAGGAACUUGAUGCAUCUCAGAGGGAGGGCAGGACUCGGAGCCAGACUCAUUGUGGGUGGGUGUGAAAUCGUCACCACCAUCACUGUGCCCUUGAGCAUGCACAGAGUGCCUUUCUCAUCACCAAGCGCCCGCAAAUCACUGAUUGGUUUCUGGGCUUAGGAACAGGGCUUUCAGAUGAUGAAAAGUGGUACCUCGGGUUACAUACGCUUCAGGUUACAGACUCCGCUAACCCAGAAAUAGUGCUUCAGGUUAAGAACUUUGCUUCAGGUUAAGAACAGUUUCAGGUUAAGUAUGGAUCUCCGGAACGAAUUAAAUACUUAACCCAAGGUACCACUGUAUCCCGGGUGGCGCUGUGGGUUAAACCACAGAGCCUAGGACUUGCCGAUCAGAAGGUCGAUGGUUCGAAUCCCCGCGACGGGGUGAGCUCCCAUUGCUCAGUCCCGGCUCCUGCCAACCUAGCAGUUCAAAAGCAUAAAUAGGUACCGCUCUGGCGGGAAGGUAAAUGGCGUUUCCGUGCGCUGCUCUGGUUCACCAGAAGCGGCUUAGUCAUGCUGGCCACGUGACCCGGAAGCUGUACGCCGGCUCCCUCGGCCAAUAAAGUGAGAUGAGCGCCGCAACCCCAGAGUUGGUCACAACUGGACCUAAUGGUCAGGGGUCCCUGAACCAGAACCUGAACGACUGUAUCCCAUUUGGCCCUCCAGAUGCUGAUGGAACACAUCUCCCAACAGCAAGGGAUGAUGGGAGUUGAAGUCCAUCCACACCUAGACAACCACACAUCUCCUAACCCUGCCAUUUGUCAAAGAGACACUACAGAUUCAGAGCAUCUUUCUCCUUCACGUAAACGGUGAAUUGUUGAAGUUGGCGAACAUCAACGUUCUCCUUCCUUACAGGGCCGGGGAACCAUGAGGGCCUCAUUCCCCAUCCGGGGAGCCUUCCGAGGACCAUGUGAUUGUGGGCGGAGCCAGAGGCAAAAGUGGGCGGAGCAACAGAUUCCGCUUCCACCUGGUGCAUUCCAUUUGUGCCUCAUCCUUCCUCCUGGAAUGUCUUCUGAGGACCGCACGGCAGGGGUGGGCGGGGCCAGAGGCAAGUGGGCGGGGCAACAGAUGCUGCUCUCACUUUGCAUGGCAGGGACAUGAGCCAGGGGCAGAUCAGUACAGUGGUACCUCGGGUUAAGUACUUAAUUCGUUCCGGAGGUCCGUUCUUAACCUGAAACUCUUCUGAAGCUGAAGCACCACUUUAGCUAAUGGGGCCUCCUGCUGCUGCCGCGCCGCCAGAGCACGAUUUCUGUUCUCAUCCUGAAGCAAAGUUCUUAACCCGAGGUACUAUUUCUGGGUUAGCGGAGUCUGUAACCCUGAAGCGUAUGUAAUCUGAAGCGUCUGUAACCCGAGGUACCACUGUAAUAACUCAGGUGGUAUCAGUGAAGCGAACUAUGUAUUCAAAGAAACAAACAGCUCAGGAGACCAGACUUAGCACAGCAACUCUUCCCGGAAGAUCUUGCCCCAAGGCGGCAGUUGUGAGGACUGAAGGUCCCCCUGUCUUCCCGCAGCUGCCUAAGUCCCCUCCUCUCCAGGGUUUUCCCCAAGCAGUCAUAGACAGCGAUUGCGCAUAAACAACCCCAUGCUCUGCACGUUUGCGCUGUGUUCCGGUUACGCAAAAAGUCUUCUUCACACCCGUGCCCAGCUCUCCACCCAGGCAAGCAAGAACCAUUAUUGCAGUACACGGACAAAUUCCAGCCAGGCUUUUUAAAAAAAUUAAUCACUAAAGGAGGGCAUGGAGCCAACGUCAGCAAGAGGUGUAGCCUGUGGGUGGGUUUGCGGCCCAGGGAGAGUCUUGUGGGACCGUUGGAGAAACCUGGAAAACCCCAGGUUCCCCACCUUUGCUUUGAGCUUUUUGUUGUUGUUGUCGUUGUUUAGUCGUUUAGUCGCUCCAGAAGUUGCGGUUGGUAGGAAGUGGUCAGAAGGGAAGCGGGUGGGGGGGGUGUGCGUAUGCGUGUUUGGCUCUACACACAACACACAGACACGCAACGCCCCUUGUUCUUCGAUUUGGAGCGUGUGAUGAGGACGAAGGAGACGCGAGAGCCCCGAAACCCGGCAAGCAGGGGAGGCGGUAAGUUUCUUGCUAUGUUGUUUAGUCGUUUAGUCGUGUCCGACUCUUCGUGACCCCCUGGACCAGAGCACGCCAGGCACUCCUGUCUUCCACUGCCUCCCGCAGUUUGGACAGACUCAUGUUUGUAGCUUCGAGAACACUGUCCAACCAUCUCAUCCUCUGUCAUCCCCUUCUCCUUGUGCCCUCCAUCUUUCCCAACAUCAGGGUCUUUUCCAGGGAGUCUUCUCUUCUCAUGAGGUGGCCAAAGUCUUGGAGCCUCAGCUUCAGGAUCUGUCCUUCCAGGGAGCACUCAGGGCUGAUUUCCUUCAGAAUGGAUAGGUUUGAUCUUCUUGCAGUCCAUGGGACUCUCAAGAGUCUCCUCCAGCACCAGAAUUCAAAAGCAUCCAUUCUUCAGCGAUCAGCCUUCUUUAUGGUCCAGCUCUCACUUCCAUACAUCACUACUGGGAAAACCAUAGCUUUAACUAUACGGAUCUUUGUUGACAAGGUAAUGUCUCUGCUUUUUGAGAUGCUGUCUAGGUUAUCAUCGAUUUUCUCCCAAGAAGCAGGCAUCUUUUAAUUUCGUGACUGCUGUCACCAUCUGCAGUGAUCAUGGAGCCCAAGAAAGUAAAGUCUCUCACUGCCUCCAUUUCUUCCCCUUCUAUUUGCCAGGAGGUCAACAAAGGGGCAAGAUAGUUCAAUAGGCUUGCCCACCUGCUUAGGAACCUUAAUCAGGGUUCCUCACUGUGUGGAGAAGCCUAUGCGUGCUAAAUGUGUGGGUGUUGGGGGAGCUCAUGGUCCUUGUGGAACAUGUGAGAAGGGGGGGUAGAGAAUAGUCCCUGUUCUCGUUUUGUUUGUUUUUAUUAUUAUUUACAUUUUUUAAAUUUGGUUUUUCAGAUUAAAACUACAUUCACAUAUCGAACGUACAACAUAAAAACAAGAUUCCAAAGAAUCUAUAGGACUUCCUUCCUCGCCUUCGUGGAUCCUAUUGUUAAUCAUUUCCUCCUUCAUCUUUUAUGAUGAUCCAAAUCUUUUACCUCUCCAUAGUGUCCAAAACUGUGUCCAGUAUCAACUACAAGUGUUAUUCCAAUCCUACUAACGAUUUUAACUGUUAUAAAUUUCCCCCAUUCCUUAUUAAAAUGUUGGUCUUCCUGGUUUCUGAUUCUUCCGGUCAUUAUAGCCAUUUCAGCAUAAUCCAUCAACUUGAUCUGCCAUUCCUCUCUGGUAGGGAAUUUAUCUUCUUUCCAUCUCUGGGCCAAAAACAUUCGUUUUGUUUUUAAAUUAAUUUUUACUGAAGAUUUUCUAGUGUAACAAGCAAACAAAUAAAGUACAUCUCCACCUUCCAAUUCAUAGAGUGUUUUCCAGAGUUUGUUGACAUUCAGUAUGAGGAACCAUUGCCAUGUAUAUUGACCUUAUUUUAAAAGGGCUUGCCCUUGAAAAUUCCUGAUUGACGGUCCUAAUAAAUGAGAGGACAGACGCAAGGAAUGUUUUGUUUUUCUUGAACUCCUCCUGCCCUUCUUACUAUUAUUUGCAUUUAUCAACCUCUUUAUGCAACAAAAAGUCUGAAGGCCACUGGACAAGGUUUAAAUCAUUAAAACAACAAGAUCCGUCCGUCUCACUAAAAGGUGAGCAACACCCU